AUGGAUCAAUCUAUUGGAUUUGUUGAAGAAAUCAAGUACAAUGAACUCAAGUUUGAAGAGAUUGUGGGAAAAGGUGCCUUUGGAGUUGUUCGUCGGGCGAUGUACCAUGGCCACAGUGUAGCAGUAAAAUUGAUUGAGACAGAAACUGAAAAGAAAGCCUUUAUUACUGAAUUGAAACAACUGUCAAGAGUUUCACAUCCAAAUAUUGUUAAGCUAUAUGGAGCCUGUACAAAACACCCUGUAUGUCUUGUUAUGGAAUAUGCAGAAGGAGGAUCACUCUAUAAUGUUCUUCAUGGUGCAGGUCCACAGCCCAGCUAUUCAGCAGCACAUGCCAUGAGCUGGGCCUUGCAAUGUGCAAAAGGAGUGGCUUACUUGCAUGGGAUGAAACCCAAAGCUCUCAUACACAGAGACCUCAAACCACCAAAUUUGCUGCUGAUUAUGGGUGGAACUGUACUGAAGAUUUGUGACUUUGGUACAGCCUGUGAGUUUCAAACUCACAUGACAAACAAUAAAGGCAGUGCUGCUUGGAUGGCCCCUGAAGUUUUUGAAGGAUGCAAUUACAGUGAAAAAUGUGAUGUCUUUAGCUGGGGCAUAAUUUUGUGGGAAGUUUUUACAAGAAAGAAACCAUUUGAUGAAAUGGGUGGCCCAGCAUUUCGAAUUAUGUGGGCUGUGCACAAUGGAGCUCGACCACCUUUAAUUAGGAAUCUUCCCAAACCACUGGAGUUACUCAUGACCCGUAAACAUAGUUCUUUUUUCUCUUUUUAUUUUUAUGUUAUUCAACAUUUUCUUUCUAUAUUCUCUUUCUUCUUUGUUGUAUUUCAUAUUUUUCUUUUCCUGUCAAUAUUUUAUUUCUUUCUCUCAAUCAUGUCAAUUCAAUCUGUCUUUCCCUCACUCUCUAUUUCUGUUUUCCUCUCUCUAACACUAUUUGUAUUCUGGUAUUCUGUACGGAUUUUUUUUCAUUCUAUGUACCUCUAUUUUUUCUUUUCUUUCCUUUUCUUCUUCUCUUCAUAG